AUGAGAAGUGAUACUGGAAAAAAGUUUAAAAAACUUUCCGCAUAUUCAGCUUGUAGUGAAGGAGAAUCACCGGUGUUUGUACUUCGACACAAUGCUACAAUUGGAAAAACUUACAAAAGAGCAUCUACAGCAAAUCUUAUGGAUUGCACUGAACUUUGUGCAAGCAGCGAUAAUUGCUUAGCAGUUAGUUAUGCAGGCAAUGUUUGCAAAUUAUUGUCAAGUAUUAAUGAAUUUGCUGAAAAUCCAGUAGACUACUCAUUGUUAAGCAAAAACUGCGUCAAGAGUGCGCGAAUCUGUUCAUCACCGUUUCAGUUUGAUGCACAUGAACAAAAAAUUCUGGUUGGAUUUGCUCGAGAAGUAGUAGUAGCUGAUUCGUUAUCACUUUGUAUGGCAGCUUGUCUGAAUGCAUUUGACUCAUUCGGGUUUGAAUGUGAGUCAGUAAUGUACUAUCCAGUAGAUUCAGAAUGCAUUUUGAAUACUGAAGAUCGCUUAGAUCGACCUGAUCUAUUUGUGGAUGAGUUAGAAGAUACCGUUAUUUACUUGGAUAAUAAUUGUGCUGGAUCGCAGUGUUAUGCACCGUACGUUACUCAGUACAUAGCUGUAGCCAAUAAUCAACUGGCCAAUGAACUUGACAGACACUUAGUGGCUGAUCUCGAAUCUUGCGAAUCACUCUGUACUCAACGAUUAUCCGAUACAGCCAGUGAUUUUAACUGCAAAUCAUUUAUGCACAAUCCAAAAACUAAUGUUUGCAUACUAUCGGAUGAACGUUCGAAGCCACUUGGUAGAGCAGAUUUAGUGAAAGCCGAUGGCUUUAUAUAUUAUGAGAAAAAAUGUUUUGCUUCUCCACGUACGUGUCGUAAUGUGCCAUCUUUCGAACGUGUCCCACAGAUGAUAUUGGUUGGCUUCGCAGCGUUUGUUAUGGAGAAUGUACCAUCAGUAACUAUGUGCCUUGAUCAGUGUACAAAUCCUCCACCAGAAACGGGCGAAAAUUUUGAAUGCAAAUCUGUGAUGUAUUAUUAUAAUGAGCAGGAAUGCAUUUUAAACAGUGAAACACAAAAAAGUAAACCGGAUUUGUUCAUACCGGAAGGAGAAGAGUUUCUGGUUGACUACUUUGGUAUCACUUGUCAUUUGGGUGUGGAAACCUGUCCAAGUGGUACAACUCUCCAUGCAAUACGUACAGUAAACGCUGCAUUACCAGAAGGCGAAGGAUCUAUUCAUAUUUUGCAGUCAACUGGAAAUUCUGUCUCAGAAUGCAUGGCAAAAUGUUACGAGAUGGCUCCCGAGAAAUGUCGUUCAUUUAAUUAUGAUAAGCAAACGACUGAUUGCGACCUGUUAUAUGUAGACGGCAAAACAACUUUACGGCCAGUAGUACGUUCGGGCAUUGAUCUUUACGACCUUCACUGCCUUGCAGAAAAAAAAAUUUGUGCAACGCAGAAAGAUGGAACGCAGUUUUCACGACAUUUAUACAGUCGUCACGAUGGCAUACCUUUUGAACAUUACGAUGCUAUUGCUCUUGUAAAAUGCUUAGAUCUCUGUACAUCUGCUGAAAGAUGUGAAGGUGUCAAUUAUAAUCGCAGAAAUGGCCUUUGUGAAUUAUUCGAUCAAAUUGAAGGAAAUGGCAAUCAAAAUGAUUUUGUAGAUUUCUACAAGAAUUUGUGCUUAGUGAAAGAAAUAGAUUCAGGAAGUUACAGUGCUGCAUCUAACGUUCCGAAAAAUUUGCUUUUAAAUACUUCUUCUCAGAAACAUGAUGCUAAAUCACAUCAUUAUGUAUCAUCAAAAAUAAAGCCAUUCUUACGUGAACAAGAAGCCCAACGACGAGCUCCAGAAGGAUCAGUUUCUUCGAAAAGAAUCAGUGGUGGUUCCGGAUCAUCAUCUGAUGCUAAAUUUUCUAUUUCUACUUCUGGGAGAAUUUCAGGACCAGUUGUGCAAAUUAAUCCAGAUGCUGUGCAAACUAUUUGUAAUUAUGAAGGUAUCAAAGUACAGGUGAAAAAUAAUGAAGCUUUUUCUGGAGCAAUGUUUGCGAAAAAUAAAUAUGAAACUUGUCGAGUAGAAGUAAGUGAUAGUGAAAGUGCUACAUUAGUAAUUGGUUUGCCACCAAAUUUUGGUGCAGUAUUACAAGUAGAAGAAAUAGAUGAUGGAACUGAAAAGAUUCCAAUCGAGCAGGGGUCAUCAAUUAUUAAUAAGUUGAAUAAACCAUCUAAUGAAUUACGAGUCAAACGUCAACCUGCUGAAUUACAGCGAGAUUGUGGAAUUCAAGAUAUGAAAAAUGGUACUUACAAAACAACAGUUGUUAUACAGACCAAUAACUUGGGAAUACCUGGAUUAGUCACUUCUAUGGAUCAAAUUUAUGAAGUAAGCUGUGAUUAUAGUUCAAUGCUUGGUGGAAAAGUUACUGCUGGUGCAAAUCUAACCAUCGACGGUCCGGAAGCGGCUCUCAUCCAACCAAAAGGCAAAAUUGAACUUAACAAUCCUGUACUCAUGCAAAUGCUCAGUGGUACGGGCGAGCAUCAACCUCUUUUACAAGCUAAACUUGGUGAUAUCUUGGAGUUACGCUGGGAGAUGAUGACAAUGGAUGAAGAUUUAGAUUUCUUCGUUCGAGACUGCUUUGCUGAGCCUGGGAAGUCUAAGUCACAAGCUAGUGAAAGCUUGCAUCUCAUAGAAAAUGGCUGCCCCACACCAGCUGUAUCACAAAAAAUUAUGCCUGAAACAGUUGAAGUAUUGUCUUCUUCAGUGAAAGUAGCACAUUUGCAAGCAUUUCGCUUUGAUUCUUCAAGUACAAUUAGGAUAACGUGCAACUUAGAUAUUUGCAUGGGAAGCUGUAAAGAGGUAACGUGCCAGUUGGGCAAGGAAGAGAAGCAGUCGUGGGGGCGUAAGAAGCGCAGCACAAACAAUUCUGUUACUGAUUGUCAGUUGUAA